AUGUUGGCAACUACCAAAAGAGAGCUGAAAAUAAGAAAGAAGAGAACAGCCCUGGCCAAAAGAAAUAAACAACUGCGCCAGCUUGCAAUCGACGUGGGUUUUGAAUUGGUUGGCCACACAGAGGGGUCUUAUCCUACCGAUGUUUAUUGCAUGGACGCAAACACUCAUGAGAAGCUUGACCCCCGUAAAAUGCUUAUCAAAGGCGUGGAUGCUAUAUACAAAGAACUAGAGAGUGCAUCCGCGUCUUGCUCAAAGAGCCGAGGGCGUGCUAAUAAGCAAGCAUCAGUACCGCCUCCGGUCAAAGAUGCUUCUUUGGGGGAUGGCCAUGGCACUGUGUAUGGUUUUGCUCGGGGCUCCGAUCAAACCUACUCUAUGGUUUUUGCUGUACAGUUUCAAUCUCAAGACUCGCUUCUGGAGAUAGAAAAAGAAGCCGUUGACGUUUUCACCAGUGUUUUGCCAAAGAUGGCGGUACAUGCAUAUGAGGUUAGGGUUAACGGAGCUCAAAGCGUAGGAGGCAAACGAGCCGGACACCUCUACAGCGUUGGAUGGCGCCCUGGAACCACUCAUGGUGAACGGGCGGCAGUGUAUGCUGCGCAAAAUACUAAGGAUAAGCACGAUCCAACCCAUUACAUAGAUCUGUACAACUCUCUGGAAUUAGUCAAUUCCGCCUGGAUGGUCAUGGAAGAGAGCCUGUCUCCGCGCGCAGUGCUGAGGACUAUUGAUACUCUGGCCAACACGGCGGUGCCAAUGUUUGGCUCACAAAGCAGCGAUAUUGCUUCGCAUGGACCCAGUCUUGGGUCCAAUAUGGCUGCUUCUCAGCAUGACCAGAACGGAAACGGCUUUGCCAACAAAAUGCACGUCGAUAGAGACAUGGACUCUCUUCCCGAGUACUACGGGAAUGUAUUUGCAUUUGGCCAAUGGAUCCAUGUUGAUAAGGAGGGCCGCUUGGUUGAGAAUGAAAGGAUCAAGGCAGCCAUCCCGGAUGGCUUAUUCGUGAUCCCUGGAUACAGAAUUGCGUUUGACCUUGGUGCAGCCACAAUUGUUAAGGCUAUAUGGCGUGGAGGAAUGGAUACGCAUGGCACCACAACAUCCAAAGUCGAUAUAACUCAAGGUAUUACUCGGUGGGGGAUGUCGAUUCAAACAAAUAGGGGGUUGAACCAGCGCAUGAGAAGUGGGAAGGGAAAUAUAUUUGGUAUACGCGAACGUCUGCGUCAGUACUAUGAUAUUUUUUCCACUCCAGUGGGUGAAGAAGGGGAUGAAGACGUGGAUGAAAGCAAGGAUGCCUAG